GUCCAAUUCUACGUCCCCCUUUCUGGCUUCCUCCCGAAGGGAAGUGAAAUUACAGGAAGAAGAUGGAGGAAGAGCUCUACGGAAACAUACCCUGUUCCUCCCUCGCGGUGGAAUCCAUAAUUCGUGUAGGCACGGCCGGUGCUAUCUGGGGACUCUGCACAGGACCACGCGAGGCUCGUAGCAGGGGUCUAACUGGCGUCUCUCAAGCUUCCUUUGUGGCCAAGUCUGUUGGCAAAUUUAGCUUUCAAUGCGGUCUUGUAGCUGGUAUUUUUACCAUGACUCAUUGUGGGAUUCAAAGAUAUCGAGGACGUAAUGAUUGGGUAAAUGCUUUGGUUGCUGGUGCUGCAGCAGGGGCAGUUGUUGCGGCUGGGACAAGAAGCUGGACUAAUGUUAUUGGGACCGCAGGCCUGGUAUCCGCCUUUAGCGUGGCUGCUAACUACUCCAAAACAACUUGAAUACAUUGCCGUGCUGGCAACAAUCUCAGGUAUAGUCAUUGAGGAAGGAAGAUGAUCCUAAUUUUUGUGGGUGUUCUUAUAUCAAACGCAUAUUGUUCUUCCCAAGAAUAUUUCAAAGUUACUUUCCGAGUAUUGUGAUUUCGGCUUGAAUCUCAGGUAUAGUCACUGAGGAAGGAAGAUGAUCCUAAUUUUUGUGGGUGCUCUUAUAUCAAGCACAUAUAUUGCCUCCUUACUCUUCUAUUCUUCCCAAGAAUAUGUCAAAAGUUAUUUUCUCGAGUAUCGUGAUUUUGAUUCAAAUCUCAGGUAUAGUCAUCGAGGAAGGAGGAUGAUCCUAAUUUUCAUGGGUGUUCUUAUAUCACCUCCUUACUCUUUUGUACUUCCCAAGAAUAUGUCGAAGUUAUUUUUUCGAGUAUCGUGAUGAUUUUGACUCGAAUCCCUCUCUAGUCUUUACCUUUUCUUUCUUGCUAACUGUUUUCUCUCGACUCGAAGGUUGUUGGAAGGUGGGUAAUUGCCUCCUUAUCAUUAAAAGGAGAGAUUUUGAAGAAUCCAAAAGGACUUAAUCCUGA